UUUUUUUUUUUUUUAUUAUAUGUAAGUACACACUGUAGCUGUCUUCAGACACACCAGAAGAGGGCAUCGGAUCUCUUUACAGAUGGUUGUGAGCCACCAUGUGGUUGCUGGGAAUUGAACUCAUAACCUCUGGAAGAGCAGUCAGGUGCUCUUAACCGCUGAGCCAUCUCUCCAGCCCUCUUUACCAGGUUUUAAUCCUUUCUCGGUGUUCGUCCUCUGCCUUCUGACUGUCCAGUUCCUUGGUUUACCUUAGCUUUCGAUUUCUCUCUCAGUACCACCAGGCUAGUUCCUUACUCACUGGGAUCACGGACGGACCCUUUUUUGAUAAAAAUAAAAAUAAAAGUUAGUAUUCCAGAAAAAUAUGCAGGGAACACCAGCCGUUUUGUUUAUUUUAGAGGUCGAGGAUGCAAAAAUCUUCGGUCUUUGAAUCCUUGAGGACGAAUGUACCCCAAGGAUCUCUAUGAAUAUGACCCAAUGCAAAGUUGUAAACUCAUUAAAAAUAUGAGAUUUUUUUUAUGGAAAAAUAUAACUAGAUUGCACAUUGUCCAGCUUGAACUUUGUGGUAUCAGGGGUUCGAUACACAUAUUCUAGACCUAGAAGAAAAGCAGCUUCAUUAAUAAAGAGGAAGCAACCAAGUGUCUGAAAUAUGUUAGGGGCGUGCUAUUUUCUCUGCAGGUUUUGUUCCUCUGUUUUUAAGCAGGUGUGGCUGCUGUUAAAGAAACAUUAGCCCUCACUUCGUGUGUUUGACAUAAGAGGAACUAGAGAAUGCUCGGAGUUUCUUGUUUCAAAGUAGACCUUACAGUGCAGUCAGGAUCAUCUGUGGUGCAAACCUGAUGCAUAGGUCAAUUUAGCUUUUCUUGCUAGAUUAGAACAGAGAACAUGUUUUGCUAGACCUUUCUACUGAACACAAUCAUGUUGGGAUAAUAAUAAUUCUGUCAAAAUUAGCCUCUUUUGGCAUUAAGGAUUCUAGAGUGACUUUGCUGGAAAUCGUUGUGUUAACCAGAGUUUGGCCUCCUGAUUAGUAUAACUUACUAACUUCCAUCACAGGAUGACAGUGCCCACUUCCAGGAGCUUUGGCUGCGGCGACAUAGAGCGCACACCAGCUGCUGUUACAGAGAGGCGUGUGUGUACUCUCUGCAGAAUCUAGGUUGGACAUGGGGCAGAGUGUCGGGUGUGCAGCCAGCAGUCUUUAUAAACAACGUGAGGAGUUACCAGUUACUAGCAGUUACCAGCUUCUGCCAGUGAGAGCUCGGCCUCGGCAACGUUUGGCAUGCUUAGCACAGACGGGCCGCGCUCUUUAAGAGUCUGGUUGUGUUUUAAUGAUCUGUGCCGUAGACACAAUGCUAUAGAGCAGUGGUUCUUAGCCUGUGGGUCGUGACCCUUUGGGGGCCAUAAAUCAGAUACCGUGCACAUCAGAUAUUACAUUACGAUUUAUAACAGCAGCACAACUACAUUUAUGAAGUAGCAACAAAGUGAGUUUAUGGUUGGAGGCCCCCAUGACAUGGGGACCUGUAAUAAAGAGUCACAGCAUUAGGAAGGUUGUUAACCACAGUUCUAGAGGGAGAUGCUGAAGACCCAGAACCAGGGUGUGAGGUGUUGACUACAAUAAAUCACUAGAAGUCUAAGCUAAUAUGACAUUUUUUGUUGUACAUUUUUUAUUUACAUUUCAAAUGUUAUUCCCUUUCCCGGUUUCCUGGCCAUAACCCCCUAUCCCACUCCCCUCCCCUUCUUCUAUAAGGAUGUUCCCCCUCCUCAUCUACCCCCAUCCCCAACAGGAUAUUUUUAAGCUAGGAAAACAAGUAGCUCUGAAAAGACAUGUAGGAUUUUAGGUAUCUGCCAAUACCGAGUCUGUCAUAGAGGGUUUGGGAGAAAAAUGGUAUAAUCCAAAAAUGGUGCUGUCCAACCAUUGAAUUACUUUGUAACUGUUGGAAGUGGGGGUAACUGGAGGUUUGAUUAAUGAAGUAUCUGCUCACGGUGAAGUUUGCCAUCAGAACUGAAAUGCCUAAAGCAAACCAGUCUGAAUGAUCCAUGUUGGACGCUACAGUCUGUGCCUUUGUUCAACAUUGUCGUUAGUGAGAGCAUUUGUGUUUUUCAAACAGUGCAUUGUGCUCUAGUUUUCCUUUAAAUAUUGGCCGUGUUCGUGGAGUCUUGAACUGUCCACUUGGGUUUCAAUAUGCUUUGAGAAUGAUCAUGUGUUCCAAUGGAGGACUUACCAAUUGUAGCCAGCCAUGCAGUGAGAUGCACGGUAAAAUGCAUUUGGUAAGUCGGAGAUGUCUGUUGUCAGUUGUGGGUUUUGUUUUCUAAGUGAACGUGUGUCCUCACGGCACCUCCUUGGGAAGUACAGAAGGAAAGCAGAAAGCUAGUGGCUGAUCUCACCAGACGUGCUGCGAAGAGCGGGCAGCACUGCCACCUUGUUGCCAGAGUUGUCCGAAGUGAAUGUGCUUGAACAUCAAGUCUGUCCCCGCGGAGACUGCACUGCACGCUCUCUGUCGGCACUUGCAGAACCGAUUUAAAGUGAGUUAGUACUGUUCAACUGAAUUCACUAAUUAGCGUCAUCACGAUGCUGUGCUGUUCAGCAGGGCACACCCCUUGGCUGGCUUCCUAUUAAAGAGGACACCAGUGUUGUCCUAGUGAAUAAAUCCCGGCCCACAUGAUGCAAACCAGCGUGUUCCUGCCUGCUGCUCUGCUGUAGUUAAUUUUAGCCAGCGUUUGUUCUAUGAGUUGUAAAACUGUUCGCCCAAGUAGAAGUUAGUAAGCUGAAAUGUGACUUCUGGGCCUGUGCGCUAGCUAGCUAUUUCAGACUUCAGAUUGUGUUUAUGAUCCGGAGAGCAGGCAUCUGAAGAAUCGUGGGUCAGAUUUCUUUUCAAACUACUUAAAGAAAGAUCACAGCUUUCCCAGACUGGGAGAAAAAAUAUGGAAUGUGGUGUACCACUGACUGACCAUAACCAAAUGAACUGUAGUGACAGUAGUCUAAAAGCCAGCGGUUAACAAUUUCUUCAGACUUCAACACUAUCCAUCGCUUUCCAGAGCAGACUCGCUGUUUACAAGAACUCUUGGCCUCCCGAAGAUAGCAACCUCAAAUUUUGUUUAUUUAAAAUAUUUCUGCAAAAGGAAAAGUACCCCAGAGCCCAUUUUCCAAAAUGGCCAUGGAUGGGUAUCUGUGGAUGGUCAUUUUGGGUUUCAUUAUUGCUUUCAUCCUGGCAUUUUCAGUUGGUGCCAAUGAUGUUGCCAACUCCUUUGGAACCGCGGUGGGCUCUGGCGUGGUGACCCUGAGACAGGCAUGCAUUCUGGCUUCGAUAUUUGAAACCACCGGCUCUGUGCUUUUGGGAGCGAAAGUGGGAGAGACUAUCCGGAAGGGCAUCAUUGACGUGAACCUCUACAAUGAGACUGUGGAAACGCUCAUGGCUGGGGAAGUGAGUGCAAUGGUCGGCUCAGCGGUCUGGCAGUUGAUCGCGUCCUUCCUGAGACUCCCAAUCUCAGGGACACACUGCAUCGUGGGCUCUACCAUUGGCUUCUCGCUCGUGGCCAUCGGCCCAAAGGGAGUGCAGUGGAUGGAACUCGUCAAGAUCGUUGCCUCCUGGUUCAUAUCCCCACUUCUGUCUGGCUUCAUGUCUGGUGUGCUGUUCAUCCUGAUCAGAAUGUUCAUCCUAACCAAGGAGGACCCUGUUCCAAACGGUCUCCAGGCACUUCCUCUGUUUUAUGCUGCCACUAUAGCAAUAAACGUCUUCUCCAUCAUGUACACAGGAGCACCAGUGCUGGGCCUGUCGCUCCCCAUCUGGGCAAUAGCGCUCAUCUCCUUCGGCGUUGCCCUGCUGUUCGCCUUCUUCGUGUGGCUGUUCGUGUGUCCGUGGAUGAAGAGGAAAAUAGCGGGCAGGUUAGAGAAGGAGAGUGCUCUGUCCCGCGCGUCUGACGAAAGCCUCAGGAAGGUACAGGAAGCUGAGUCCCCUGUCUUUAAGGAGCUUCCUGGUGCCAAAGCCAGUGAUGACAGCGCUGUCCCCCUCACCAGUCUGGCUGGGGAGGCUGCGGGGGCCUCAGAAGGCACGUCAGCAGGGAACCACCCCCGGGCUUCCUACGGCCGAGCACUUUCCAUGACUCACGGCUCUGCAAAGUCACCCAUCUCCAAUGGAACCUUUGGCUUCGAAGGCCACAUGAGGAAUGACGGUCACGUUUAUCAUACUGUACACAAAGACUCGGGACUCUACAAAGACUUGCUGCACAAAAUCCAUGUAGACAAGGGCCCCGAGGAGAAACCAGCUCAGGAAAACAACUACAGGCUGCUCCGGAGGAACAACAGCUACACGUGCUACACGGCAGCCAUCUGCGGCAUGCCGGUGCACGCCACCUUCAGGGCCUCGGACACCUCCUCCGCCCCCGAGGAUAGCGAGAAGCUGGUGGGUGACACCGUGUCCUAUUCCAAGAAGAGGCUCCGCUACGACAGCUACUCCAGCUACUGCAACGCGGUGGCCGAGGCGGAGAUCGAGGCCGAAGAGGGCGGCGUGGAAAUGAGGCUGGCCUCUGAGCUGACCGAUCCUGACCAGCCUCACGAGGAUCCUGCGGAAGACGAGAAGGAGGAGAAGGACUCCGCAGAGGUCCACCUGCUCUUCCACUUCCUGCAAGUCCUCACUGCCUGCUUUGGGUCCUUUGCUCACGGUGGCAACGAUGUGAGCAAUGCUAUCGGUCCCCUUGUGGCCCUGUGGCUGAUAUAUAAACAAGGCGGAGUUACACAAGAAGCUGCUACUCCAGUCUGGCUGCUGUUUUAUGGGGGCGUUGGCAUCUGCACAGGUCUCUGGGUUUGGGGCAGAAGAGUGAUCCAGACCAUGGGGAAGGAUCUCACACCCAUCACACCGUCCAGUGGCUUCACUAUUGAGCUGGCCUCUGCCUUCACCGUGGUGAUCGCCUCCAACAUUGGGCUUCCCGUCAGCACCACACACUGCAAGGUGGGCUCAGUGGUAGCCGUGGGCUGGAUCCGCUCCCGGAAGGCUGUGGACUGGCGCCUCUUCCGGAACAUAUUUAUUGCCUGGUUCGUGACCGUGCCGGUGGCCGGACUUUUCAGUGCUGCUAUCAUGGCUCUCCUCAUGUAUAUAUGUGGUUUUGUUUCUUCCAGUCGGUAAAUGGCCACAGGGAUGCUCUGACACGGAUAUGGUCCUCACACCUCCCACCCCUGCUUUCUCUGACACUUGCACACCCCUUCCACACACCUUCCUGAUGGUGUCAUAUCACCCCUGCUUACCCAGGCCACAGUUCAUCUUCCAGAAUUAACCUACCUGCUGUACAUAGUAGUCUACAUCAAGCUGAUGUCGUGAUGACACAAUGUGGUGCGGUUACUUAUAUGAAAUAUAUAUUGUGUACCUAGAACAGGUAGCAUUUAUUUCAAACAAACUCAGAAUGAACGUGGAGGGUAUUGCCUAGAAUGCAAUAUUCUGUUAACUGUACAUAAUGAUUUCAGUGGCAGUAAGCGUAGAGUAUCAAAUCCUUUUUUAAAUACACUGUAUAUAGCGGGAUACAGUAUACUUCAUACAAACCCGGGCAGGCGGGUGGGCGGGUGAGUUCCGGCCCUUGUGUGAUUGCCCAGUGCUGGGACAGGUUUUCACAAGUGCUUUCUCUGAAGAGUGUGUUCGUGAGCGGAGUCCGAGUUACUGUGUAAUGUACCACGAUUGCUUCUGUAAAUACUUUCAACUGUAAUUUUAAUGCUAAGCUUCCCUCAUACUUUUUUGAUCGGAGAAUUUUGGAAAGUACCAAAGAACGAGAGGAUAACUCGCCAGUGUUACACCUUCCCACUGCUUGUCUCCCUUCCCACCGGCCCUGACAGUGGACCUGGUUACUUCAGCCAGGCGAGCUUAGAACUCAGCCACCCACCAGCAGCAGCCAGGAGGCUGCCACACCAGAUACUGGAAAGCUUGUUCAGUGGCCUUUCACUGUCACCAGCGCGGAUGACAUACAGCAGUGGGGGUGUAGAAUUAAACACUACAUACAUAUCAAGUCCAACUCCAGGGUCCCUCCCCGUCGCACCCAGUGGCCUGAAAAGCAGGAAUCUCGUUGCAGACAUUAAAGCCAGUGAGGCUCUUGAUGGGCUCGGAUGCUGCCAACUCAGGGCUUAGCCGGAAGUAUGGGCGGGGACACUGGGCUUGGGGAUCUUUGAGGCCUUUUCUGUGGAGAACAUCCGAGGUUCUCCUGUGGAGCCGCUGUUCUCUUCUGAUGGCGGCGGGAGAGCGUCGGUGUCACUAAAAUGUUAAGAGCCUGAAACCAUGGAAACGCUGCUAAUAUUUUUAUAUUGACAUACAUUUUCACGGUACUUCAUUGUAAUUUUUUCAUUAAUCAAGCAUAUUAAAUUUAUAAUAAAAAAGUGCCCCUCAAAA